UGUACGGCACGCUCAGUCGGGAACUGUCCGUUGGCCAAUGAGCAGCUUUGGCAAAAAGAACAUACGCGGGGGGAAGAGCUCUAGGAGUCAACACGUGAUCGUUUGGAAAAUUCGGUGAAAGAUCACUUCCUCUGAAAAUCGCGCAGCUUUCCCGAAAGACCUGAACCCGAUUGAAAGGAUGAAAGCUGUUUAAGGUGUGAUUUUGAAAAUUAAUAAGAGGUUCUUAGGAGUUCUCUCUUUCUCAAAGUAUCUAUCCCUCCGGUAGAAUUCGCGUGAUGAUCGGGAAGUCUCGCGGUGUAUUGAUCUGAGCUGAGCUGAGCUCAUCAUCGAGUUGUUGUGUUUUGCAUACUUAUUGCAAAGUGUUCAGUUUGUUCUUACGAGUUACUUGCUUAGUUGGGUGGAGCUUCCCGAAGUAAAGUGUGUUACAGUGCUUUGUGGGGUUUUGCUUUUCUCGGGUAAACCUAGUUUGGAUCGAUUGUGUGUCACCCCCUUUUUGUAAAUGGGGUAGAAAAUCGUUUAGUUUAACUGCAGUUGGAUCACAAGCUACGAAUCAAUGUCAUCGUGAUUGAGGAAAACUUCCGAAUACCUAGCGUGAGCAGCAGACACAGAAAUCACCUACUGUCACUUUAGUUUGCGCUGAUCGAUCGAACGUGAUAUUCCACCAACAAAAAGUCAUCAAAUUGGAUCCCGGCAAUGCAUCGAUCAAGGUUUCGGGUGGCGGUGGAUAGAAUAGUGCUCGAGAAGCUGUUGGGGGCCGUUUUGUUGCUGCUGGCAGUGACCUACAUCGGUCACGUGACGGCUGACGAAUGUAUGAGCACCAAAACAGAUCGUCACCGGACGAUCAUGGAACAGUAUCGUAGCUCGCACAAUUGGGAUGGAUUUCUGACCGAAGACUCGCUCAACCUGGCGGACAAUCAGACGGAGCUGGACCUUUCGAGGCAGGGCUUCCGGGAGGUUCACUGGCAUCUGAGCAGUAUCGUGGGUGAAGGAUACGAGAUCUAUGAGCUCGACAUGUCCUACAACAAUCUGGAACAUUUGGACGAGUUGACGUUUUUGAAAUUUUAUUCGUUGGAAAUGUUGAAUUUGUCCUACAAUCGGAUAAUGAUAAUCAACAAUUUAACCUUUGGUUCACUGAUAAGACUAAUGGAUCUGGAUUUGUCCUACAAUCUGAUCCAUGCGAUCGAAAAGGAUGCUUUCCAUCGUUUGUAUGGGUUGGAGUCGCUAAAUUUGAGAGAAAAUUGUUUGGUCACUUUGAACGAACAUCAGUUCCAUUAUAAUGAUCACCUGUCAUCGUUGCAGCUGGACCACAAUCAGAUCUCCUUUCUUCCGUCAAUCCUGUUCGAUUCUUUGUCCAUGGUUGAGGAGGUGUAUGAAAUCGAUCUUUCCUUCAACAACUUCCACCAGAUGCCCUACAUCGAGACCAAAGAGAUUGGACUGCUGAAGGUUGACAACAAUCACAUCAACAUACUUUCCGUGAACCGAACCUACAACCUGCGAGCUUUGGAGGCCCACCACAACGAUAUUCACGAUGCUGACUUGUUCCACUUUAGCUCGGCAGCUCACAUCGAUCUCUCGCACAAUCGGUUGGACAACAUCGUCGGUUUACACGAAAUGAACGAGCUAGAGUAUCUGGACCUAUCGUCGAACAAUGUCUCCAAGUUCGAUUACAACCUCAAGUAUUCCAUCCAAAACAUUCCAUCGCUUGGAACUCUUCGGCUUCAAAAUUGCAGCCUCACCGAGCACAACAUGGACGGCCUGCUGACCUCGGAAUCCAUUCUCAACCUGGACCUGUCGCAGAACAAUUUUGUACGACUCAACAUCAGCCACCUGGCCAAGCUUAAAACCCUUCAGUACGUUAGCUUCAACUUCAAUUAUCUGGAAGAGCUGCUCGACUUCCACAAAAUGCGGCACUACUUCGAAUACCUGGACAUGGUAUCGCUGUCCUUCAACCGGUGGAAUUGUUCCUACUUCGAUCAACUGAUGGCAUAUCUGAACCAAAGUCACAUCCAAACGACGACCGAUCCCCGCGAUUGCUACAUCAACGGAUCCCACGUGGCAGAUUCCGAUAUCUACGACACCUUCGAGCCGGAGUACACCAUGAAUCAGGUCAAGCGGGACAUGAACGUGGUCAAGAACUUGGGCCGAAGUAUGACCUACAUCAUGUACACGCUGUACUUUAACAUGCGUACGCUGUACAACGACUCGCAGACAAUGUUGCAGCAAAGCGACGCCAAACUUCGUUCGAUGGACGCCGAGUUGAGCCACCUGGUUGGGAUGGUCGGCUUCCUGGUAGCCAUCCUGGUCCUGGUCCUAUUCUUCGGCCUAGUCUACGCCCUCGUAAUUGCGUACAAAAAAUAUCAACUACACAGCUCGGUCAAGGUCGUCACGUACAACAAACGGGGCAACGAGUUCAGCAACGGGGUCACCGUCAACGAGGUCAUCCACGAUAACAACAUCUGAGGUUGAAAUGAACGAUUAACGGCGUGUUGUACUUAAAAAACUUAUUCUUAAUCUCAAUGGCCAAACACGCAUAAACACAUACAAAGAAGUUUCCGGGUGCCAUACAAUCCGAGCCAAAUGUGACACUACCUACCGAGAGUGUGAGUACAAUUGUACAGACUGUUAAUAAGUAAUAAUUGGAAUAAACUGUUUGUAAAUAUCAA